UCUGUUUCUGCAGCACUACUUUUGCGUUGAAACUUCAGCCGGACGUGUAUGCGGGAGCGCGUUAGAAAUUUGCUUCGAAUCAAUUUAUCGUGCGUCUGCGUCGUUGUGUGAACAAAAAGUGUAGCAAUAAUAUUGAAAAGGCCAUUUGGUUAAGAACGAGGACAAGGACUUGGACGCAAACGAUUGCCAUUAGCUGUUAGCCGUCUCCCGUUAACUGUUUGCCGAUAGCCGCUUAGCAAUUUGACAGGCCGGACAUUCCGCAGCUGAGGAGCGUCGUUAGAGCGUGACGCGUGGGGGGCGGAGCAGCGACGGCCUGGUCCAAGUUGUAGUCGUCGACGUCGGAGUCAAGGAAAAUGUCUUCGCCAUUAGCGCAGAGCAACAACAGCAACAGCAGCCAGUCGCAGUCGCAAUCGCAGUCAUCAGCAGCAGCAGCAGCAGCGGCGGCAGCGGCGGCGGCAGCGUCUGCUGCACAGCAGCAAAAUCAAAAAUCAAAUUCGUCUGCUGCCAGCAGCGUCAACAAUACACAUGAAAAGAAUGCGACCGGCGCGACGGGGACGACAGCGGGCGGUGCAGCUAGCGCUGGAGCUGGAGCAGGCGCUGGUGCUGGAGCUGGAGCUGGAUCCGGAUCGGGCGCAUCGUCAGGCGGCACGCCACAGAGCCCCACAAAACGCAGCACAAUAUCCACAAAGGAGCGUGUGAUCGAUAGCGUACCGUUUCCACCCAGCCGUAAGCUAACCUGCGCCGAUGUAUUCGAUGCGCGCACCGGCAAGCCGCACCACGACGUACUUAAGCAGCAUUUCAUACUGGAGGGCCGGAUCGAGGAGAGCGCCGCGCUGCGCAUCAUCCAGGAGGGCGCCACGCUGCUGCGCCAGGAGAAGACAAUGAUCGACAUUGAGGCGCCGGUCACUGUUUGCGGUGAUAUACAUGGCCAGUUCUAUGAUCUUAUGAAGCUAUUCGAAAUUGGCGGCUCGCCGGCAACAACAAAGUAUCUGUUCCUGGGCGACUAUGUGGACCGAGGCUACUUUAGCAUUGAGUGCGUUCUCUAUUUGUGGUCGCUGAAGAUCACGUAUCCGCAGACGCUGUUCCUGCUGCGCGGCAACCACGAGUGCCGGCAUCUGACCGAGUACUUCACCUUCAAACAGGAGUGCAAGAUCAAAUACUCGGAGCGCGUGUACGACGCGUGCAUGGAUGCGUUCGACUGCCUGCCGUUGGCUGCGCUGAUGAACCAGCAGUUCCUCUGCGUGCACGGCGGACUGUCGCCCGAAAUACACGAACUGGAGGACAUUAGGCGGCUCGAUAGAUUCAAGGAGCCGCCCGCCUUUGGCCCCAUGUGCGACCUGCUGUGGUCCGAUCCGCUCGAGGACUUUGGCAACGAGAAGAACUCGGACUUCUACACGCACAACUCGGUGCGCGGCUGUUCGUAUUUCUACAGCUACGCCGCCUGCUGCGACUUCCUGCAGAACAACAAUCUGCUGUCGAUCAUACGGGCGCACGAGGCGCAGGACGCCGGCUACCGCAUGUACCGCAAGAGCCAGACCACCGGUUUCCCCUCGCUGAUCACCAUCUUCUCGGCGCCCAACUAUCUCGACGUGUACAACAACAAGGCGGCGGUACUCAAGUACGAGAACAACGUGAUGAACAUCCGGCAGUUCAAUUGCUCGCCGCAUCCCUACUGGCUUCCCAACUUCAUGGACGUGUUCACCUGGUCGCUGCCCUUUGUCGGCGAGAAGGUCACCGAGAUGCUGGUGAAUGUGCUGAACAUCUGCUCCGACGAUGAGCUCAUGACCGAGGAGAGCGAGGAGCCGCUCUCGGACGACGAGGCGGCGCUGCGCAAGGAGGUCAUACGCAACAAGAUACGCGCCAUUGGCAAAAUGGCGCGCGUCUUCUCUGUGCUGCGCGAGGAGUCCGAGUCAGUGCUGCAGUUGAAGGGGCUGACGCCUACGGGCGCCCUGCCCCUCGGCGCUCUCUCUGGCGGCAAGCAGUCCCUCAAGAAUGCCAUGCAGGGCUUCUCGCCCAACCACAAGAUUACCUCAUUUGCGGAGGCCAAGGGACUCGAUGCGGUCAACGAGCGGAUGCCGCCGCGUCGCGACGCCACGCCCUCGCCGGCGGAGGAGGGCCAGAAGUCACUGUCAGCGGCGGCAGCAGCAGCGGCCAAUGCGAAUGCGAAUUCAAUCAAUGGAUAAUUCUAAGUCAGCAACAGAGCAGCAAAGUAGAAGAGUAGAGGAGCGCUGUACAGCAGCGCUGCAGCAAUGCAGUGCAGCAGCAGCGCAGCUGCAGCGCUGCCAAGUCAGUUUUAGAAGUCAAAAGUUAAGUGAAAAGUAAACCAAACGGUGGGAGUUCGUGCGAGUGGGAGGGAGUAAGCAAAUCAAAUAGAUAUAUGUAGUUUCAAGCUGCGGCAGUGCAAACACACACACACACACUCAUACAUACAAGCAGGCGCCGCUGCGCAGCCGCAGUUGAAAUGCAUUUGAAAACAGAAUUAAAAAGAAAUACAAAAGCAAAAUGCAAAACACAUAAAAAUAAAAAACACGCAACAGAACGAGUGGAAAGCAUGAAAGCAAAUGAAAUGCAAGCGUUUAACUUAUUGGUAUUACAAAAACAAACACAAAAGCAAAAGCAAAUACAAUUUUAAAUCUCAGAAAACGCAGAAGCUAAUCAUAAAAUACAGUAA